AUGGCGACUGAAGACGUUGAAACCAUCGAAUUUCAGACUAGUGUCAUCAUUCCUGAAAUUGUGACUGCGGGAGAAUCGGCUCAGGGAGAACUGUCUCCAAAGGGCCUAGCAGAGCAACUGGAGGAAGCAAAGUUGGACGCCAAGAAAUCUGCAGAAGCUCUAGAUGAUCUUAUUUCUGGGGUUCGCGCUGUGAAACGAAUUCUUGAUAAACAUGCAGGUGAUGAGAAAGCUUCUAUGAAAGAAUCGACAACAAGGGACGCAGAGCUGAUCGCGCAUCUUUCUAAUCAGCUCCCUGGGAUUCUUGGUUCAGAUUUGAUGGCACUUGUAAAUGCUGCUAAUAUGGCACGGGGGCACGCCAAACUGGCAUCUGAUGAAGCAGAAGCCGCUGUAUCUGAAAUGCAAGAAGCCAGAAAGGAAGCUGAGGAAUCCAACACAAAGGCACGCACUGCUGCAAAAAUCAGCAAGAAGCUUUAUGAGGAUAAUCUUGCACUUCAGCAGCAGGUUGGUCAUCUCAAGAAAGAAAGGCGGACUCUCGUAAAGGCAGUAAGGGAUCUUCAGCAGGAACAGGAGCAAACCAACAAAUUUGAUACCUGGAGGCUUCUGGAAGAGCAUGUACAAAACAGCUUGACAAUGCAUGAAAUGAUUCUCAAAACACCAACUCGUGGUGCUAGACAGAACUCGUUUUUUGAUCCUGCUCAUGAAAGUACAAGGUCGAUGAGCGAUGAGGAUGGUUCCAACUACAUCAGUGCUUCGUCUGUCGAGAAGCCAGAGAAACCAAAGAAGUUUGGUCGAAUAUCUCCUACUCCGACUGCUAGCUGUUCCGAGGACUCAAUGAGCUACCACAAACAUGAGGGCCAUUCCACACCAUCAAGAUCUUUCGAGGAUCAAGAAAAUGUUGGCAUGCCAACGGAUGUUUCCUUGAUCAAGCGACGACCGACUUCUCCGCUGGGAACACCAAUAAUAUCACGAGAGGGAAAUGGCGCUGAGAGCCAAGAGUUGAAGCCAAUUUGUGAUCCACAGAUUCUUAGAACGCUGGCGAUACCUGGGGACGAUCGAGUAGGCGGGCCAGAUUUGCCAUCGCCCAGAGUUCGAGUUGCACCGGGGCUGUACGAAGUAUAA